UUCUUGUCUGUAUUAAAUUUAAUGGAUCAGUUGACAGCAAAACAAUUAAGUAUUGCAUUAUUUACCAAUUACAGCAAUGAGCCAUGAAAGAUCAUUUAAAUAUACGAGUAGCUAGGUGUAGGUACAUGCAGAGAUCUACGCCAAAAUUAUCAUACUAGCUCUAGUCUUUAUAGCAGCAACAUUGCAAGUUGUACGAAUGUACCAAACAUAAAUUCAUAGUUAACGUAUAUAAUGUUAGAUUUCUAAGUUGUGAUGGACUUUUAAAAAGUUAUUUUGUGAUCUCCAAGAACUUAUAAAAUUAUACAGGGUCUGUCUUUUACGUGGUUAGAAAUGACAUCUUUAAAAAUUGAGAAUGAAAAGGUACCAUUUGAAGUUGCACUUGAUCGCACAGGCUUCGGCCUCUACAACUGCUUCCACACGCUGACCUCUGGGCUAGCCAUCGUGUCGUUCGGAGUGGUGGCGUUCAGCAGCACCGUGGUGGUCCCCGCCAGCGCCUGCGAGCUAGGCACCUCUCGCGCUCAGCAGGGCGUACUGGCCGCCGCGCCUGUUAUAGGUUCAAUCCUGGGCGCGUUCGCGUGGGGCUACCUGGGCGACACUCGCGGGCGGCGCCGCAUGCUGCUGCUGUCCCUGUCUCUGGCGCUGGUCUUCAACACCCUGGCCAGCCUCGCCGUCAACUGGGUCAUGCUGAUGCUGCUGCAGUUUACUGCUACCUUCAUGUCUUGCGGCAAGUACACUCUGUCGAUGACGCUGCUGAGCGAGUGCGUCCCUCGUGCCCGGAGGAGCCAGGCCGUGCUGGUGGUGGCCAGCGUCUACCUGCUCACGCAGGGGAUCAUGGCAGCGAUCGCGAUCCCGAUCAUCCCCCUCACAUUCUCGUACCCGCUGCCCUUCCUGGGCAUCACUUGGACCUCGUGGCGCCUGCUCCUGCUGGCCUACUCCGUGCCGAGCGCGCUGUGCCUGCCGUGUGUGCUGAUGCUGCACGAGAGCCCCAAGUACCUGUUGCUGCGGGGGGAGGAGGGGCAAGCGCUGGAUGUGCUGCGGGCCAUCCAUAGGGUGAAUCAUAGGGGCUGUGGGGAGGAGUUCGAUGAGUGUUAG